CUUCAUCCUUCGUUUGCCAUCUACUUUUUUGUUGGAUAUUUCCAGGGCGAUGGCGCCACAAAAAUUUUCAUAAAGCACCAAGGCUAGAGCCGGCGACAAGAAGAGGCAGAUAGUACUUUCUUCACCUUGCGCAACUUCACCUCAUGGAGGCGGGGAGCGGCAGUCCCGGCCAAGGCCUAAUAUGGGCCCCUCUGGACCAGAACGGCAAACAUUUCAUGCUCGAGGUUGUCACUUUCGUGCGCUUCGAGCUCGUUCCCUUCGUCUGCAGCGCGAUCGUCGUGCUGAUUUCAAUUCUAGCACUCUGCUGCACAACAACCGAUGGUGGAGGAGAUGGUACGACUAGAGGUUGCUCGUUUUUCAUCUUUUCCUUGUGCAGGAGAAGCGCAAGAAGCGCAGCACCGGUUCGCGGGGGCGAAAGCCCGCAGAAAAAUACCUCGGCAACAUCGUCCUCCUGCAGCGACUUUUUUCUAGCGACGAUUUUCUCUUUCAAAUCUUCGAGAGUCUACGAAGAGGUACCUGACGCAGUGGCGCUCGUCGGAAAGCCUGCGGGUGAUGUUGAUCAUGCUGCACAUCAUCAAGAGCCGCAGGCAAGCGGAGCACGACUUGUAGACCACAGCAAGAACCGGCGGAACCGUGAGGACAUCGAACUGACACAUCAGAGCGAAAUAGCGAAGGAACAGGACGACGACGACGACGUCGAUAGUGGCGGGCGGAGUCGAAGCGGGGACGUCGAGGCAGAUGAAGUAGCACGACUGCAGCGAGAGCGACCCCAGCAGCACAACUACUACUGCACGCAAACUACUUCUAUCAAGCGACGAAAGCUUCUCAAAGUGACGCUUACCCUGUCCGUACUCGCAUUUGCCUGCUACGUCGUCUUCUCUUCCACCGAGCUCAUGUUCCUCCUAUGCAUGGCAAAUUAUAUGUCUGGGUCUGGAAGAGGACAAGUUUGUCAUGCACAUUUUCCCUGAGUCGUGAUGUCUGUGAUGUAUGCCUUAGCAUCUUCACAUAUUUUUUGAGUGCUUGUCGAUGCGCAUCCCGCAUGACAAGUGUUCUCUGCGCGUAGCCAAUACAAUAUAUUGACUCCCCUUGCUGCCCAUGCAAUACAGGUUUUUCUAGCAUCCCAAUGCAGCAUCACAAGUUCUUGCACUCUUCCAGACAUCCAGGGAUUUUUGCAGAUGAUACCUCCCGCGGGUGUACAAGGUUCGCUUCGGGGACGCGGAAACUUUUCCCACCGUGCCGGAGCGCUGGCGGGAGUGUACGGCUAUCAAAUGUAAAAAUGUCUGGGUCUGGAAGAUUGCAACUUGUGACGCUGUCUCUGCAUUCUAAAAAAAUCUGUAUUGCAUGAUAGAUCAGCUAGCAAGAGGGGUCCAGCUCCAGUUUGUGCUACACGGAAAGGGCAUUUCUCAUGCGGGAUAGCAUCAGAAAGCCCACUAAAAAUCUGUGAUGCCAGGUUAUGCAUUACAGGCGUCAUGGGUCAUGUAAAAUCUGCAUGACAAGUCUGGCAUUCUUCCAGACCCAGACACUUUUGCAUUUGAUAACGGCAGUGGAAGAGCAAGAACGCACCAGCAGGAGCACAGGAGGAAUUUUGGAUAGUGGAAGCAGGCGACACAGUCCCAGCAGCACAAAGAAAUGGCGGUGGGAUCCCGAGACCGUCGUGGGCCCGCUCGGGAAGCUUAUGGAUAGUAAAAAUGUCUGGGUCUCCUGGAAGAUUAGCACUUGUAAUGCCAGCUUCCCAUGCCUAGAGCUAGAAAAUCUGUAUUGCAUAAUCAACAAAAGUCGCAGCCGCUUUUGUCAUGCAAAAACGCAGUUUCUCAUGCGGAUUGCCCAUGGGAAAGCGAUUUGGGAAGGUGUCAUGCCGGACUGCAUUCGGAAGUGUUUUCAUCAUGCACAUUUUAGCAUCACAAGUUUCCAGACCCAGACAUUUUUGCAUUUGAUAAAGUUGAAGAAGCCACCAUUGUGGAUCUUCGUAAACGACAGCAACUACGGCAUCGGAAAGAAGAUAUGCAAGCAAACGGCGCCCGGUGUGAACCUGAUAGUCAAGAAGUGUCUCGAAAGCUUCGAGCGGCACCUCCGGCCGCAUUUCGAAUUUGUGUACCUGAACGAGAAAAACAUCACCAAGUUUCUCGAUUUCGGAGACGGCCCGGGACUGCUGCCCCGGUGGCACGAGAGCCUCCCCGAGGGAGCGCAAUACGCGGACUUUGCCUCGCUCUCGUUGCAGUACCGGUACGGGGGUGCCUACGUGGACUGGGACGUGCUGCUACUGAACAAUAUCAACCCGUAUUGGGAUCUGUUAGAGCACUUCGAAACAGUGUUGAUCGGCCCCACCAGCGUGCGUGGGUACGGCACAGCCUACGACGAGCACGGGCUGAUCCUUUCCCUAUUGUGAGGAAAAAUCCCCCCUCCCCACGUUACCAAAGCGGGACACUUUUGAAAAUUUGUAAUGCUGAUUCGUGACCGCAAUCGUCUCUGUAUUGCAAGAAGGCAAAUCAACAAACCCUGCCGCGUUCUCCCAGCAAUUUGCAGUGCUGUAUGGCCUACAGAGGACGCGCCUGCCUCGCUAGGUGCCUACACCGAAACGCCCUUACUCAGGUUCUGUAUCUACCUGCAGUCCUCCAUUGCAUGACAAAGCAGAUCUGUGUACACAAAUUCCGCAUCACAGAUUUCCAUUUCGAUGUGGGGAGGGGGGAUUUUUCCUUUUGAUAUUCCCGCCCCCGGAGUCUGUGGGCGGAGUCCAGCUUGCGGCUGAUAUCAACUGGAAAAGUGUCUGGGUCUGGAAACUUGUAAUGCUUGGCUGGGAAUAGUGAAUGCUGAUGCUCUGUAAUGCACAACCUUGCAUGAGAAAGGUCUGCGCCGCUUAGUGUUGCGCUUCACGCAUGACGAACUGCGUUUUUGCAUGACAGGCAAGAGGCCCUUUUCCUGCUCAUGCAUCACAGAUUUGAGAGUCAUGCCAGAGAAGCAUGACAAACGUGCACUCUUCCAGACCCUGACCCAGACUACAUUUUUGCAAUGCAUAGCUGAUGCUCCAAUCCUACGCGGACUAUGUGAAGAUAUCAAAUGUAAAAAUGUCUGGGUCUGGAAACUUGUACUGCUAAAAGUGAAUGAUAGACGCACUGCAAUACGCAGCUAUGCAUGACAAAUUUUUUGGCUGCUAUGUCUUACGUAUUCCGCAUGGCAGACUGCGUUUUUGCAUGACAGGCAAGAGAACCUUUUCGUGCCUAUGCAACACAGAUUCUCGAGUCAUGCCAGACAAGCAUGGCAAACUUGCAUUCUUCCAGACCCAGACACUUUUACAAUCCAUAGAAGAGCCACCCCGACAAUCUGCGCAGGUUCUCGAGGCAGGAAGUCAUGGACAGCUUGGCAACGCCAACGUCGAGGGGAGCAUCGGUGGCAGCUUCGUCCUCAUCUGCGACGAGUGCUAGUAGUAAGAUCCCUAGCGGUAGUACUAGUACGAUGGAGAAAAAACACGAUGCUGAUGAUCCCACCAAGGUUUUGAAGCAACUCGGGCAACAUUUCACGCUGUCCAAAUACUGGGAAGUCACGCACAACGGUGUUGUUGCCAGACAAAACCACUGCAGCUUCGUCCGACUGUUAUCGCAAGAAAAAAGUGUUACAGUUACACAUUGUGUUGCAGAACACGCAUGAGAGGCAACCUCUGUCAUGCACGAAAUGCUUUCAAACCUUAUUUCACACGUGUUUUCCCGUAGGAUUUCUGCAAUGCAAGUUUUCUCUCUCAUGCAGAGAAAUUUGUGUUGCUGGAUUGACAACAAAUGUGUAACUGUAACACUUUUUUCGUGGGAUAACUGUACAUGGGAAGUCAGUACACACCGGGAGGUUUCGCGAAGAACCUGUGCGUACCCACUGCAAAAAUGUCUGGGUCUGUAAGAAUGCCAGACUUGUCAACAUGCAGGUUUUCCAUGACCCAUGAGGUCUGGUAUGUAGGACAGAGCAUGGCAGAUUCUGUGAAAUGAGUUCUACCAUGCCUAUCCUGCAUGAAGAGAAGCUGCCUCUUGGUUAGGUCAAAAGUGGGCAGCUUUCGGCAUCAUGCGUCGCAGAUUUUUACAGAUUCAGAUUUAGCAUGACAACUUGCUUUGUUCCAGACCCAGACACUUUUGCAUUUGAUAGUGCGAAAUCGACGUCGCGACCGACUUCGACCUGGUUCGCCGAAUCUAUGCUAGCGCGAUGCUGAAUGACCUGCGACUAGUGCAUUUGUCGUAUGCGAAGUUUUAUCAACUGCAAACAUGUCUGGGUCUGGAAACUUGUCAACAUGCAAGUCUGUCAGUAAUGAGUGCACUUUAAUAGUUGGCCAAUCAUGACAAGUUUUUGAGCUCCUGCCUGUUGCGUACUUGUUACGCUUACGCAUGGGGGGAUCCGCAUUUUCGUGACAGACAAAAGUAUCUCACUCUCCCCGUGCCUAAGCGUCAACACAUAGUUAAGAGUCAUGCCAGACACAGACUAGCAAGACAGAUUUCGCACUCUUCCGGACCCAGACAUAUUUGCAACGCAUAGCUUCGCGUUUUAUGACGAGCCGAAACGGAACCGGUGCGCCAUCCCCAGUCUGCAACAAUGUCCACUGGUCGAUAUGUUGCGGGCGUUUUCCCGAAACGAAAUUGUGGACGCAAAGAGGAUCUUCGAUACGAUGUUGAGAAGCAGUAGUACAAAAAAGGAGCUUUCGUCUCCAGAUACAUCAACAACUGGCGCUGAUGUCUCAAGGACCACUGGAGCUGCUAUUUCAACAUCUGCUGUUGCUGACGAAGUGGUCCAGAUUGAGCUUGCGGGCGAAGUAGACGAGAAGCGGUGGCUCUUCGACGGCAAAGACAACGCCGGCGUCCGAACCUGGCUGGUGCAGUACAACGGGCAGGCACGACCUGGAAGUGCUGCUGUAUCAGAAGGGACAGCAGCAACAUCAAGCGGAAAUAUCAAGUUUUCCCGAGAGGCCAAGCACGCAACUAGCGAUAUCAGCGCCGGCAUCCUAGCCCCGAGUGCAGCGCAAAUCGCCAAGAAAAAACUGCAAGAAGAAAUUUGCCAGUUGAAGUAA